UCAACAACAACAUAUAUCCCUUCCUUCAUCUCUCUACUCACACUACUUACUUAAUUAGCACAUCACUAAUACUGAAAACAAAAAUAUAUUGAGAGAUAACAAUGGUUAGAAUCCAUGCAUUACUGAUCUCUACCUUGCUUCUAGUCAUUCUCUCAGUUUCAACAUCGGCAUCAUCCUCAUCUUUGAAGUUUGGUUUCUAUAAAACAACAUGUCCAUCCGCUGAAGCAAUUGUUAGAAGAGCGGUAAACAAAGCUGUCUCACUCAACCCAGGCAUAGCUGCUGGUUUGAUUAGAAUGCAUUUUCAUGAUUGCUUUGUCAGAGGAUGUGAUGGUUCCGUAUUAUUAGAAUCCACACCAGGUAACCCAUCUGAGAGAGACCAUCCUGCAAACGAUCCAAGUUUACACGGCUUCGAGGUCAUCAACGAAGCUAAGGCACAAAUAGAAGCCGUAUGUCCUAAAACUGUGUCAUGUGCAGACAUUCUUGCUUUCGCGGCUAGAGACAGUACUCGCAGAGUUAGUGGAGGCAUAGACUACUCAGUACCAUCAGGACGCAGAGAUGGUCGAAUCUCUAUCAUGGCCGAAGUCACACAAAAUCUACCACCACCAACUUUCAAAGCGGAGGAACUUAUCAAACGUUUUGCCAUAAAAGGUUUAUCAGCAGAUGAAAUGGUUACGCUUUCUGGAGCUCAUUCUAUUGGUGUCUCACAUUGUUCCUCUUUCUCAAACCGGUUAUACUCUUUCAAUUCUACGUUUUCUCAAGAUCCUUCGAUGGACCCUAAUUUUGCUAUGAUGUUGAAAUCCAAGUGUCCACCACCACAAUCUCAGACAAGAGACCCAACGGUGGUGCUUGAUGGUUCGACGCCUAAUGAUUUGGACAACAUGUACUAUAUGAAUUUGAAGAAUAAGCGUGGUUUAUUAACUUCAGAUCAAACAUUGGCUGAUAGUGACUUAACUAAAAGAAUGGUGUUAAAAAAUAGCAGACAUGGGGCGAUAUGGAGAGUGAAAUUUGCAAAGGCCAUGGUGCAUAUGGGCUCCAUACAAGUCCUGACAGGUUCUCAAGGUGAGAUUAGAGAACGCUGCAGCGUUGUUAAUCUUCAUUUAUUUGUUCAUUCUUUGAUAUUUGUUUAUUCUUUGGAAUCAUUCUUUAUUUGUGUGACUAUUUUUAAUCUUUAUUAAUUCAAGUGUAUAUGUGCAAUCUAGUGUAACAAAAUGAGAAAAGUAUUGAACUACUUCUAUAUUUGAAUUAAAUAUAUGUUGGAAUCAUUCAAUUU